AUGCCGCUGCUCGCCCUGAGGCGGGCGCGGGGCAGGGACCUGGGGCGACCGGCCUGGGGUCCCCGCCGCGCGCGCUCGCCGCCCUGGAGCCCCGCCUGGAUUUGCUGCUGGGCGCUCGCUGGCUGCCAGGCAGUCUGGGCUGGGGACUCGUCCUCUUUGGGCCGCCCGCUUCCUGCGUGCCAGGAGAAAGAUUACCACUUUGAAUAUACAGAAUGUGAUAGCACUGGCUCCAGGUGGAGGGUCGCCAUUCCGAAUUCUGCAGUGGAUUGCUCUGGCCUGCCUGACCCAGUGAGAGGCAAAGAAUGCACUUUCUCCUGUGCUUCUGGAGAGUAUCUAGAAAUGAAGAACCAGGUAUGCAGUAAGUGUGUCGAAGGCACCUACUCCCUGGGCAGUGGCAUCAAAUUUGAUGAAUGGGAUGAGUUGCCGGCAGGAUUUUCCAACGUUGCAACAUUCAUGGACACUGUGGUGGGCCCUUCUGACAGCAGGCCAGAUGGCUGUAACAACUCUUCUUGGCUUCCUCGUGGGAACUAUAUAGAGUCUAACCGUGAUGACUGCACUGUGUCUCUGAUCUACGCUGUACACCUUAAGAAGUCGGGCUACGUCUUCUUUGAGUACCAGUACGUGGACAACAACAUCUUCUUUGAGUUCUUUAUUCAGAAUGACCAGUGCCAGGAGAUGGAUGCCACCACAGACAAGUGGGUGAAGCUCACAGACAACGGAGAAUGGGGCUCCCACUCCGUAAUGCUGAAAUCAGGCACAAAUAUUCUGUACUGGAGGACGACAGGCAUCCUUAUGGGUUCUAAGGCAGUCAAGCCUGUGCUAGUAAAAAAUAUCACCAUUGAAGGAGUGGCAUACACCUCGGAGUGCUUUCCAUGUAAGCCAGGCACUUUCAGCAACAAACCAGGCUCAUUCAACUGCCAAAUGUGCCCCAGGAACACCUAUUCUGAGAAGGGUGCUAAAGAAUGCAUCAGGUGUAAGGAGGACUCCCAGUUUUCAGAGGAAGGAGCCAGCGAGUGUGUGGAUCGCCCACCCUGUACUACCAAAGACUAUUUCCAGAUCCAUACCCCCUGUGAUGAAGAAGGAAAGACACAGAUAAUGUACAAGUGGAUAGAGCCGAAAAUCUGCAGGGAAGAUCUCACGGAUGCUAUUAGGCUGCCCCCUUCUGGAGAGAAGAAGGAUUGUCCCCCUUGCAACCCAGGAUUCUAUAACAAUGGCUCUUCUUCUUGCCAUCCCUGUCCUCCCGGGACGUUUUCGGAUGGAACAAAGGAAUGCAAGUCGUGUCCGGCCGGAACAGAGCCAGCGCUUGGGUUUGAAUAUAAAUGGUGGAAUGUCCUUCCCACCAACAUGAAAACUUCCUGCUUCAAUGUUGGGAAUUCCAAGUGCGACGGGAUGAAUGGUUGGGAGGUGGCUGGAGAUCACAUCCGGAGUGGAGCUGGAGGCUCAGACAACGACUAUCUCAUCUUAAACUUGCAUAUCCCGGGAUUUAAACCGCCAACAUCUAUGACUGGAGCCACGGGUUCUGAACUAGGAAGGAUAACGUUUGUAUUUGAGACUCUCUGCUCAGCUGACUGUGUUCUGUACUUCAUGGUGGAUAUAAAUAGAAAAAGUACCAAUGUGGUGGAGUCAUGGGGAGGAACCAAAGAAAAGCAAGCUUAUACGCAUGUCAUAUUCAAGAAUGCAACGUUUACAUUUACAUGGGCAUUCCAGAGAACCAAUCAAGGUCAAGAUAACAGACGUCUCAUCAAUGAUGUGGUGAAGAUUUAUUCAAUCACAGCCACGAAUGCAGUUGAUGGGGUAGCAGCCUCAUGUCGGGCCUGCGCCCUGGGUUCUGAGCAGUCGGGAUCAUCAUGUGUACCCUGCCCCCCAGGCCACUACAUCGAGAAAGAAACCAAUCAGUGCAAGGAGUGUCCAGCUGACACCUACCUGUCCAUCCACCAGGUCUAUGGCAAGGAGGCUUGCAUUCCAUGUGGGCCUGGAAGUAAAAGCACCCAGGAUCACUCGCUUUGCUACAGCGACUGCUUUUUCUACCAUGAAAAAGAAAACCAGAGUCUGCACUAUGACUUCCGCAACCUCAGCAGUGUGGGCUCUCUAAUGAAUGGCCCCAGCUUCACCUCCAAGGGAACCAAAUACUUCCAUUUCUUCAAUAUCAGCUUAUGCGGGCAUGAGGGGAGAAAGAUGGCUCUCUGCACCAACAAUAUUUCAGACUUUACAGUAAAGGAGAUGGUGACAGGGUCAGAUGAUUUGAAUUUGGUUGGAGCAUUUGUGUGCCAGUCAACUAUUAUUCCUUCAGAAAGUAAGGGCUUCCGGGCAGCCCUGUCAUCCCAGUCGAUCAUUCUGGCAGAUACAUUUUUAGGAGUCACAGUGGAAGCUUCCUUGCAAAACGUUAAUAUCAAGGAGGAUAUGUUCCCAGUGUCACCCAGCCAAGUUCCAGAUGUGCAUUUCUUCUAUAAGUCUUCCACAGCCACCACGUCUUGUAUUAAUGGCCGAUCGACUGCUGUGAAAAUGCGAUGUAAUCCCAUGAGACCUGGUGCAGGUGUGAUAUCGGUCCCCAGCAAGUGUCCAGCUGGCACCUGCGAUGGUUGUACAUUCUACUUCCUAUGGGAGAGUGCGGAAGCUUGCCCUCUAUGCACAGAGCAUGACUUCCAUGAGAUCGAGGGAGCCUGCAAGAGAGGGCUUCAGGAAAUCUUAUAUGUAUGGAAUGAGCCUAAAUGGUGCAUUAAAGGAGUUGCUUUGCCCGAGAAGAAAUUGUCAACCUGUGAAACAGUUGACUUUUGGCUGAAAGUGGGAGCCGGUGUUGGGGCGUUCACAGCCGUUUUGUUGGUGGCUCUAACGUGCUACUUUUGGAAAAAGAAUCAAAAGCUGGAAUACAAAUAUUCUAAAUUAGUAAUGACGACUAACUCAAAAGAGUGUGAACUCCCAGCUGCAGACAGCUGUGCUAUCAUGGAAGGAGAAGAUAAUGAAGAGGAUGUUGUAUAUUCCAACAAGCAGUCACUACUAGGGAAACUUAAGUCUUUGGCCACAAAGGAAAAAGACGACCACUUUGAAUCUGUUCAGCUGAAAUCCUCAAGAUGCCCCAAUAUAUGAAGAGACAAUGCCAUAGCAUUCAGGACCCCCAUUAGGACUUGUCCUCACACCUGACAUGGCUGUGAUCUCACCGAGGUGGUGUGCCAGCGGGAGGAGUAGGCAAAAAUGCUGAUUGCCUUAUAACACGUCACAUACUUUGUCAAACUACAGAAGACAGAUGAUGUGGGUCUCACUGAAGAUGAAGCUUAACUCAGGAAGCGAUUUAGCUGUAUAUACUCAUGACUGAAACCCAAGUUUUAGCCCACCAAUGCACUGCUGAUGCAUGCCAUACUAUUACUGGGUAACUUUAAUUCUUUAUACCGUCUACAUACAAAAUAUGUGUUGGAAGGCGGACAUAAGCAUACGCCUUGUGUUUCCACGUAUGUCUUGUUCUUGUACUUUGGGGAAGAUUUGGGGAAAAAAUUAAGUUCUAAUUAUUUUUGCCAUUAUUUCUCCAAGACUUGAAAACAUCUUUUUUUUUUUAAAAUUGAAAUGAUGAGCAGAAUGAAAGACAAUAAAUUUUCAUAGGGUAUUUUCUCUUGACUUCAGAAAGACUAGGAUACUAGUAAUAUUUUGUGAAGUUACUUACUUGGGUUACCUAAGGUGAUAAUCACUUUUAAAAACUUCUUUCCUUUUGUUGGAACUAGUAUGAAAAAAAUUUAAGUAACUGCUUGAAGUCAUCUCAUGGGAUGGGGUGGGAGGCAAUAAAAGUCAAGAAGAAAGCUCAAUAUUCCAUUCAUUCAAACAAUCUGGCUUUAUCAGAAGUCAGAGGCUUAAAGCACUUGAGUGUCAAUAUAGACUAAAGCUUGGGGAGCACCCUAUUUUGCAGACCCCUGCAUAGUCAUGAGGAAGGAGAGGGAGCGCUUGACCCUAAGCACAGAAAACUCUCUUGUUCGGGUAACUGAGGUCAUACCAAGUAUCAGCUGGGCUUUCCCUCGACAUCAGGCAUCACCCAGAGUGCUAGAGGUGUCUAUUUUUCCCUUGCUAGAAGACUUUGAGGAUUAUAAAUAUCUUGAAGAUUUUAUUUUUAAGCCAAUAAGGGAGAAAUUCAAUUUUUGAAGUGUGGAUACCUGUAUUCACAGUCAGAUCCUUCUGAGCAAUGUGUUGUUCCUGUUCGAAAGCAACCCAGAAACUUGUGACAUUUCUCAUGGUGGAUUAUGAGUGUCAGUGUGAUUUGGAUAUUACUUUUGAAGGAAGUUUGGUGAUGAAUUUGAUCAAGUUUGUGUAAACUUUUUAGACCUGGGAAUUAGAGUGUCUUACCCAUUCCUGAUAUAAGAUGUUCUGGUUUGUUUCUAAUAAACCAAUAAUCUUUACAGACCUUAACCACAUACUUAAAAAGAUUUUUGAUGGGCUGCAGCAGGCAAAGCAUACGGGUAAGGUUUUCACCAUGUGUUUUGCCUGAGGUGUUUCAGUGCUUGUAAUGUUUGGUUGUUGUGGGUGAUGUAGUCUUUAUUUUUGUGAAAAAUGGGAGAAAAUGAAUACAUGAAUAAUUGUGCUUAUUGGCCAGUGGGUAAACCGCUAGACCUUUUUGCUACCACUAAAAGAAUGGUUGUAUGCGUGUGUUUUGUGUGUGUGUGUGUGUGUGUGUGUGUGUGUGUAUGUGUGUGCAUGUACAUAUGUAUAUGUAUGUGUGUAUGUAUGUAUCUACUACUAAAUAUGAAAAUAGGUGAUGUAUUAUUGUUUGUUGUAAGACUGAAAAGAAUGUUACUUAGCAUAAUUUUGUAUUUAAUUUCUUGAAUAUUCUAAAUUAUUUUAGCUUUGCUCAUUUUUUGUCUCAAUAUCAGAAUAUUGGCAUGCCUUUCCCUAUCAUAAUCCAAAUUUAACCAGAAGAGUGGGAAUUACACUUGAACUACCACUUAGAGGACCAGGUGGAAACGGAGACUGGACAGAGUCAGAAAGCAUCUUCUGUCACCUGUCACCCCUUUUCACCCUCUGCUGUGCUCAACAUGUAUGUUCCAAGCCAUAGAAAUAAUUGGGAUUUGUUCCCAGGUUCUUCUUCUUUCUCUUGUCACUGGACUAAAAUCUCUGACAUGUCAAAAAUGCCUUAAAUUUUAAUGAACUCUCUGAAAAUGCAGUAGAUAUUGAAGAAGUUAUUUUAUUUCUAAUUUUAGAUAUUAAAUAGAUUUUUUUUUUUUGUCAGCUCGGUCCCAUCUUUGGAUUCCCACGGCUCGUCAUUUUAUUCUAAGAGCUGAAGAACUAUGACAGAACAUUAUGAGGAGAAUAUGCAGAGCAAUUCUAGCUGUAAAAUUCUGUUUAGUUUUAUGUAUGGCCUUUGACAAGCCCAGUGAAAUGUUGAAAGCUAUAAUCAAAUCGCUUCUACGAUUUAUUGACACGUCCUCUCCCCAUCACUACUAGUGAUAGAAAAAUACAUUAUUUAUUACGUUUCUUCUAAAAGGCAUAGUUUGGAGCCUUAAAUAGUUCAUUAAGUCAUCUGUUGUGUAUAACAUCACUUAGCACUGUGUCAAAACAUAUUUAAGUCAAUUUUCUACUGGAUGAGAACAUGUCGUCUAUGGAUAAGUUAUAUUAUGCUAUUUGACAAUGUCAAGCAAUUUGGUAUAUAGUCACUUGAUUUAAAAUACUGAAUUUUAUUAUUAUUGACCUUUCCCAUCUUUGGUUACUAAUAAUCAUAUCCUUCUUAGGAUUAAACAUAUUUCAUUGUA